UUUUGAGCCUGAACAAACCCUAAAACUUCAAAUAGAUAUUCUAGAGAUGAAGCAGCAGUUGCCACCUAGAGGAACGCAGCAGCCGCCCACAACGCAGUUGCCGUCCACAACCAUAUCACCAGUGGAGAAGCAGCAGCUGCCGCCCAUAAUGCAGUCGCCAGUGGAAAAGGUUCCGCCGACCCAGAAACCGCCGGGGGAGCGGAUUCGCUGUGCGGGAGAGGAAAACUAUUCCCCAUUCACCGCCUCAGAAACACAAGAGUCUCGUCCGUCCCAAAGCAUUUUGCAAACAUCGGUAGAAAUUUUCCGAUGCCGCCGCGCUAGUUUUCAUCUUCCUUCUCCUCCUAUCCCCUUACAACCGUCCGCCGCUUCCUUCCCUUCCUCCCCGCACAAAAUGUCGUCGUUUCAUUACUAACCGGUAGCCGGAUAAGUCCGGUCAGACCGCGAUUUUGAGCGAUUUUGACCGGCUUUGACCGGUUGCCGGCUAGCUCUGAAUAUGGCUGGCGCUGGCCCCUUUUGUGUCCGGUUCCGGCCCAACCCGGUUGGACCGGCCGGUCAGAGUCGGGUUUGACAACCUUGAAUUUGAGUGACUGAAUGUGUAAUUCAGCCAAAUUUUGGCUGUUAGGAAUUUUGUAAUUUCUCAAAUGCAAGUUUUUAAAAUAGAUAAUGGGAAUUAGC